GCAGUUCAAGGUCGUUAAAAAAGAACGGUGGGGGCUUCGAAAGCUGACUUUUCUUUUUACCGUGCCUUGAUCUUGACCAUGCCGUAUCUAAUGGAUGAAGAAGUUUCCAGUGAUGAAUCUGUCGAAUGUGAAGAUGUGGAGAUUGAUUACAAAAAUUUGUCCAAAAGUACAACAGGACCACCAAGUUAUGCAUCUGUAGCUCAGAAAGAUUCAGCUAAAAAACCGAAAAACCCAACUGAUUUACGUAUGAGUAAAGGAAAGGUGUUGAAUUAUCUCCGGAUACCGAAAGCUGUUGAUUUCAUGUCUCCAGAUCUAACUGAAUAUGUUACAGAAACCCAAAGAGCUGGUCUAAUUGCACAACUUAAAACUAAUAAAGACUAGUUUUACAAAAUUUCUUUUUUUUGACUAUGCAUCCUUAGUAUAAACAAUAGAUGUCAUAAAGAAUAUGUUAGAAAAUGGUACAUGUUGAAUUUAAGUCUGUUUGCCUUGCCACGUGUUAACUGAACACAUUCAGAAUUCCGCAGAUUUGUUAAACCAUGUUUUUGUUUGUUCAUCAAUGUUUGACUAGAUGAUUCAGUAUUAAACAGUGGUGUUUCCUGUUUUUUCACCACCAAUGCGAAUUAUAGAUGCUUGAAUUUGUAGCCCCCAAAUGCCCUGGUACUGCCGAGAGUGGGAGAGUCCGCUCUCCCUCUCGA